AUGUGGACCAGCACCGCCCUCCUCCCCAUUCUCCUUCUCUCAGUCGCUGCCCGUAAUGAUCGCCGCCAGAUAAUCCCCUCAACCACCUCCUCCGCGCCCGCGCCUACCACCUCCUCCGCGCCCGCGCCUACCUCCACAGCAGACGCGUUCCGCGUCGGUCUCGCCAUGAACACCGACUCAAAGGCCGACAUUGCGAGCUUCGGGCGGGGCAAAAUAGGCUGGUACUACUCCUACAAUACCGAGCCGCUGGCAAAUACCGAUGGGCUGGAGUUCGUGCCGAUCAUCUGGGGCGCUCAGGCUGCGAGGGACUUUACGGGAGCGGUAGCGGUGGGGACGACCCAUAUCUUGGGUUUCAACGAGCCGGAUAUUGAUGGAUCAAGCGGUGGUUCCAAUAUCGACUCGACGACCGCUGGCGAUCUCCAUAAUUUGUGGACCAGCAAGGUCCCCGCUGGAAUACUUAUCGGUUCUCCGGCGGUAGCGAGGGGAAGUAAGGCCUACUUCCAGCGAUUCCUAGACUCUUGCGGUCCCAACUGCAAGUACGACUUUGUCCCCUUCCACUUUUACGGAGACAAUGCCGACGACCUGGUGACCUACGCCGAAGACUUUUAUGCGACGUAUGGGAAGCCGCUCUGGUUGACUGAAUUCGCGUGCCAAGACUACGUUUCGGGCUAUGUCUGCACGAAAGACCAGGUGGAGACGUUCAUGGAUAUCGCCAUCACAUUCUUUAGAUCUCCUAACAGCCCAGUGGAACGCUGGUCCUGGUUCGGAGCUUUCCCCGACUACGCCGUCACCAACCCGAACGGGAUCCUCAACACGGAUAGUACCGCGAACGAGCAGGGAAAAUUCUACGCAACUCUCUGA